AUGAGCUCUCCGAAGAUGCAACGAGAUGCAGCUUCGCUGAUACCUCUCUCCCAACUCCUCGCCGCCGACUCCGUCUCUGGCGUGCUGGCGUAUCUCGUGCAAGACACCAUCGUCGAUGACCCCGAUGCACGGUUGCAGGCACUCAGUGCGGUGUUUGCUCACAUUAGCAUGCCGCCAAACAGAGAGUGUGCUGUUUCUGCAAGUGCCCUCGGCGCUGAUGGUACCAGCCCCUCUUCCUCCACGUGCGUGUGCAUGCAUGGCGCAAGGUGGAAGUGGGCGGAUGUUGUUAUGCGCGGGGUAACUGACCCGUGGUCACGCAUCCGAUCUCUGGCUGCACCAGUGAUGGCAGACCUUCUCGACGCGGAGGUCGACCUGGUGCUGCAGCGCCAGGGUAGUAGAGCCAGUGCCCACUUCAGCCCGUCCAACAGUACCCCACGCUCCUCCUCGGUCACGACGACGACGCCGGAGAGCGUGUCGGCGCCGCUGGACUACGUGUGGAACCAGUGGCGAGGCAUGUCACUCUGGUAUGAGCAGGACGGCAUUGUACGUCUGCUGGUGAAACUGUACAGCCGCAGCGGCACCCCUGCCGGGAACGCCCUCCGCACAGACGAGGCGGGUCUGCGCUGCUUGCUCUUCAACGUCAUCUUUCCUGCGCUGCGUAACCCACAGCUGCCUGUGCGGGAGUCUGCAGCGCUUCUGCUGGGCAUUCUCGUUGAUCAGCGGAGUCCCACCUCCCUAUCCCCGGCCAUUGCUUCCUUCGCCGUAGACCACGUGUGUCGUAGUAUAAUGCAGGUGUCUUCGCCAGUCCGCAGCCACUCACCCGCUAGCUCAGUUCCCCUGGAGGAGACGCGCGUCUUGGAGGGCAACUUGCUUGCUCUGAACGAGUUGGUGGGUGCCGACGUGAUCCGUGUGGAAGACGUCGGUAUGAUGCCGCUUCUGCUGCGGCUUUCGAGCUACCCGGCUGCGAGUGUGCGCCAAUACGUGGCGCAGAUUCUGCGGCCGCCCUCUCCGUGUGUAUUUACCUACCUCAUGCAGCGGUUGUGCGAGCACCAAAACUGCAUGCCGCAGCACGCAGAAGGCGACGGAGACAGCAGUAGCAGUGUCUCAGGCGGUGGCGACGGCAAGAACGAGGACAACGAUGGGCUCAGCUGGCAACGUCUCGAGACGUUGAUGAUGGCCCUGCAGCAGCAUCUUCUGUACCUGCAUGCCAUGCCGGCAACGAUGCAAGACUUGUUUCACCUGAUCCCCAAUACAGAAGGCAUCCUAACCCCCGUCGUCUUCGCGACGUCGUUAUCGGUGGUGUUUCAGGCGACGCACUCGCCACGCUUCGAGGUGGCGCGGAUGGGGCUACAGUUGUUCCCUUUGCUGCUGCAGCUCUUCCUCCGCUUCUGCCCACCCGUUGCACUGUCGGGUGUCUGCGAGGCGUGCUGCGGCCCUGAUGGCUGCGUGCAGGCGGAGCUGAAUCGACUCGCCGCGUGCGGGGACGUCGAGACCUUGUCAAAGGCGCAAGCGUACGUGGCCACGUUUGUGGUGCCGGCGAUGUGGUGGUUUCUGACGAUCCGUCGAUUGGUGGCGGAGGUGAAGGAGAAGAUGCCGCCAUCGCCGACGACCAUGGCAUCGGGCGAGACGCGCGCGCAGGUAGAGAAUGUAGUGCGACCAUACGCAACCCUGGAGCAGGUCCGGUUCGCGUCGCAGGCACACCUUAGCAAAGAGGCGAGCAGCAGCGCGGCGCCGCCGCAAACGGCGGCGACGUGUGCGCUGCUACCUCUGGCGACGUACUUUGUGACGGUGAUGGACCCGGAGGAGUGGCACCGGUGUGUCAAUGAGCUGCUGGAGCCAAGCUGGUGGGCUGGACUUCUGGCGGACCCGGCACGGCGGGAGCAGGCACGUGUCGGGCCAGACUUUGUGCGCGCGGUACACCGGUGCGGCACGAGUGAUGAGAUGCAGCGCGUCGUCGAGCUUGUGCCGACGCUCACAGCGGCCUUGGCCGACGCGCCGACGCAUGAACAGUGCCUCCUCAUAGCAAUGAUCCGGGUGGCAGUGGAGAUGCGCACAGCUAGCACCGUCGCGAUGGAGGAGCAGGCGCUGUCAUUUCUCUACCGCGAGGCGUACGCGGCGCCGGCGCUCGCCGAGGGCGGCGACGCGGUGCCACUUGGCCACGUGUGGCUGAAGCACUUUAUGCCGACGCACGAGGCCAUCCCGACAGCGGUACUGUGGGGUGAGCCAGUGAAAGCGAGAAGCGAGUCGAUCACCCUUGCCGAAAGCGACUCAGUCGUCUUCGAGGCCAUCGAGAAGAGCUGCUACCAGGAGCUCUACACGUCCCCUCGGACAGAACCGGUGGUGCUGCGCGAGCUACAAGCACUCAUCAUGAGCCUGUCGCGCCCGAGCAUGAGCAAGCCGAGCAGGACCCACCUCCAUUGGUACGCCGCUGCGCUCGCCGCGGUCUUUGGGCGACUGGAGAAGGUGUGCCCGCAGUGGCGGGAGACGGCCGCCGCUCCAACGGCGCGUGCGACGGCAGACGCCAGCGGCUGUGAAGACUGGGACGACGACGACGACGGCGGCGCCGUGCAGGGCAUCUACGUGGCUGAGGAGGUGCGGAACGCCAGGGCGGUGGUGUCAGUGCUGCGCGAGCGCGCGGCGGCGUGGAUGGAGACACGCCACGUGGCGGCUGUGGAAGACCGCUUCCGCACCGAUCUCACCGUCCUCGCGGCCGUGUGA